AUGGGUGAUUUAGAAGAUAUAGAGCUAGAAAGUGGUCUUUUUGAGGAGCCAGAGGACUUCUAUGCCAAGGAAUCAGAAAACCAUUUUGCAGAAUAUGUCAGAGAAAUCAUUUCUGAGAAAUCCAAGAGUAGGAAAUCGAAGAUUCCAGUCCGACUAGUGGGUUCAUCUCCUUUAUGGGGUCACAUAUUGUGGAAUUCCGGUAUUUAUACGGCGAUGCACCUCGAUAAAAACGUCGAAGAAUGUCUUGACAAGUGUGUUUUGGAACUCGGUGCUGCGGGGGCUCUACCGUCGCUUGUCGCAGGUCUAAUAGGUGCCAAGAAGGUGGUGUCAACGGAUUAUCCUGACGCAGACCUGAUUAGCAACAUCCAGUAUAAUGUUGACCAUGUUCUCUACGACGGCGAGGAGCUGUCGACAGACGAAGCUAUUAAGUCAAAGCAGCUACAGCAACGGAAUGUUGUUGUGGAGGGCUAUAUAUGGGGAGGCAGUUACGAGCCGCUGCUUGCCCACUUACCUAACGGAAAGGACAAGGAUGCCAAAUUUGAUCUUAUCAUCCUCAGUGACCUCGUUUUCAACCAUACUGAGCAUCACAAGCUGCUAAAAACUACCAAAGACCUACUUGCCAGCGAUGGCCGUGCUUUAGUCGUAUUUUCGCCACAUAGACCCUGGCUACUGGACGAAGACUUAAGAUUCUUUGAGACAGCCAAGGAAUAUGGCCUGAAGACUGAGGUAAUUGAGGUUGCAAAUUGGAAACCGAUGUUUGAGAAAGACGCUGGCUCUGAAGAAAUCAGAGCACGAGUCUAUGCUCACUACCUCACACACGAGUAG